CGUCACCGCCACACCUGAGUUUCUGCGGAAGGUAAAACUUUCGAGCAGAGAUUGAAACGCUCUUCACACGGACUCACGGCGACCGUGCGAGCGCGUUAGCUGAUUUACAACCGGUUAACGACGACUUCAAUCCGGUUUCUUCAUAAAGCAGCUCGUUUUGGCUGUAAAGGCCUCAGGAUUGCUGGGUUUUCUCCUGUUUUGACGCUCAGACGCUUCCUGAAGCCCUCAGAAGGUGGUCAUGUCCUCUCAUCCGCGGCGAGUGCGGCUCAAGCCCUGGCUGGUGUCUCAGGUGGAUAACGGGACGUUUCCCGGUCUGAUCUGGCUGAACCGCGAGACCAAACGCUUCCAGAUCCCGUGGAAACACGCCACGCGUCACACGCCGCAGCAGGAGGAGGAGAACACCAUCUUUAAGGCCUGGGCCGUGGAGACCGGGAAGUAUCAGGAAGGCGUGGACGAGCCGGAUCCGGCCAAAUGGUGUCUGUCUGUCUCAGGUUCGGUUCCCACGUAUGAGACUGACGGCGAUGAAGACGACAUUCCCGACACUCCUGAACCACCUCCUCCGUAUCCACCACACGGCAUGAGCUCGUCUCCGCUGGCUCCGGUCUGGACUCCUCCGGGCUCCGUGUCUCCCAUGCAGCCUCCCAGCUGUCCUCCUCCCGCUGCUCCUCCCUCUGUGGAGGUGUGGCCCAAGAAGGAGCCGCAGGAUGUGGAGAUGCAGCCGCCGCCCAUGGAGCUGCAGACGCCCACACCACUGGAGGCCAUGUUCGCCACGCCGGAGACCUGGAUCAGCUCCCUGCCCAGUACA